AUGAAUGAACUGAUCAGCAGAAGAAAUGAUACCUCACUGCAAGACACAGCAACUACUGCCACAGCUGCAAAAGAAGCAGGAGAAGAAGAAGAUGUGACAAUAGAAGCAGUGCUCUCACAGCUCAUUGACAUCACUGUCUUCAUCUUCAACCUGACUUUCUUGAUGGUCAUGAAGGCUGCCACUGCACCAUGA